AUGGCCACCGCAGCCCACGACUUCAUCACCUCGGGCUACCCGGCCCCCGGCCUCCGCAAGACCCAACGCCUCAUCACGGGCCACGGCGCCGACGGCAAGGGGCACUUCCUCGUCACGGACGCCGGGGACCACCACCGCGUCAUGGGCGAAAAGCAGGCCGUGGCGGUGAUAUCGUAUUCGACGAAGGAGACGCCGGUGGAGCUGAACGGGGACAAGGACGUCGAAUACGCGCGGGAGAACGAGCCCGGCCUCCACAUCGCCAACGGCACCGUCGUCCGCCUCAUCGACUUCGGCCCCGGCCUCGAGUCCCCCCUCCACCGCGCCAUGUCCAUCGACUACGGCAUCGUCCUCGAGGGCGAGUUCGAACUCUCCCUCGACAGCGGCGAGUCCCGCAUCAUGCGCCGCGGCGACGUCAGCGUCCAGCGCGCCACGGCCCACAAGUGGCGCAACAUCACCGCCGGCGGCACCGAGGCCGGCCGCAUGCUCUACGUGCUGCUCGACUGCAAGCAGCCGCUGUGGGUGGCGGGGGAGAAGGUGGAGGGGUUCUUGGGCGACUUGGAGAAGGAGUAUGAGGGGCGGGGGCAUUAG